AUGGCAGUGACGACUGAGUCUGGCCGUACAAACUUCAAGGCAGCGAAGUUGGCGAGUGAGCCCACCUACCUGGCCAACACCGCAGGAUCGGGUUCGGAUGAAAAAGGUGGAAUAGGCUUAACUUUGCCAAACUUCGGCAAGAAAGCCCCCAAACCACCCAAGCCCACAGAGGUCAAAAAGCGACCUCCACCUAAGACGGAGGGCUCCCAGGACGCCCCCUCCGACCCGUCGGCAAAGCAUCAACACGUGCAGCCAGGGCGAUCCUUUGCCGAGAUCGCGAAAAACCGCAUUCUCCUGGGCGUGGUCGACAGAAACGACCCAAGUGGCAGGAUUCCACGUAAUAAGUGGAAGUGGGUGGAGGCAGCCCUAGCCACAAAAUGCUUCGAGAUUCUAGCCAAGGAACCUGGCCCCCCUCCUGUCUGCAAAGACGUGGGAUGGUUCCAAGGCGGCGUCAAGGUGAUCGCCUGUAACGAUAAACGCUCUGCGGAGCUAUACAAAGCCGCAGUAAAAGUGCCGGGGGAGGUGAUCUGGAUCCCGGCAUCCAUCAAGGCGCCGGACCAGAUCCUCACCAUGCUGCAGCGCUGCAUCCCUCACCUUCCCACCUCGGACUGGGAAGUGGUGAAGGUCGACGAAAUGGAGGGGCCAACAAACCAGGCCAUCCUAAUCCUAAACAAGAAGUCCCUAGCUCCCAUUGAGGCCACUCAAUGCAGAUAA